CCCUUCAUAAUUCGUAUUUUGCGCAUAUUUCGGGUUGUUCGGAUACUGCGUCUAUUACGGUCUGCUCGUGGGAUGCGUCGAUUAUUGAUGUCGUUAAUAGCGUCGGCACCUGCCCUUCUAAAUAUAGCAGCUUUACUUUGUGUCAUAUCAUUUACGUACUCUAUUGUAGGCAUAGCAUUAUUUAAAGGAGUUAAAAAGCAAGGAACAAUUGAUAAUACAUUAAAUUUUCAAUCCUAUACAAAGGCAACAAUUAUACUUAUUCAACUCAGUACAGCAAGUGGCUGGACUGAUUUUCUUGAUGCUCUUUCUAUUCAACCACCUGAUUGUGUACCAUCUACUAAUGAGACCACUAUUAUUCCUACUGGUAAUUGUGGAAGCCGCGUUUUGGCUACCAUAUACAUUAUUACCUAUAUGAUUAUGGCUUGGUUUAUCUUAAUCAAUCUGUUUAUUGCGGUCAUCUUAAAUAAUUACCAAGAUUGCGUAGAAGCAGAUUCUGCAAACAUAACUGAAGAAGAUAUUCAAGGUUUUUUCGAAGUAUGGGCCAAAUACGAUCGUAAAGCCACACAAUUUAUACAUUAUAACAUGUUAUCACCUCUGCUGAAUGAUUUACUACCACCUUUUGGUUCACCAAUACCAAAUACAUAUGUUUGUAUUAGCUUAAACCUACCGAUAUACGAUGACACUAAAAUUCAUUGUUUGGACUUAAUUCGUGCUUUAUUAAAUAAAGUAAUG